AUGCCAUGUUGUGAUGCAAUAAAAAUUGUAGGUGAUAGUGAUCUCAAAAAGAUGGUGCAUACAAGGAAGGCAAGCUGUGCAGUUCACAAGGUGAUCCAGAAUGGAACUGCAAAAGUGUCAGGAGUGCAGACAAGCACUUGGACUUCAAGGAAGCGGAAAGCCCCUUCAGACCAAGGAUCUGCUACCUCUGCUGAGAAGGAAGGGGAGGCCAUGACUGUAGUUGGAAAACAGAAAAAAAAGACAUCCACUAAAGUGGAGAUUCCUCUGAAGAAAGAGAUGACAGAAGUGAAAAAUGAAGUAGCUUAUGUGAAUGGCACCUCAACUGCAACUGGAAAUAAAUUCAAUGGGUCUCCCUGCUCAACUGGCUUGAGGUAUCUUGGGGCUCACAUCUCUGCUGCAGGUGGACUGGAGAAUGCCAUCACAAAUGCUGUGAGUAUUGGUGCUCGCAGCUUUGCCCUGUUUCUCAGCUCCCAGAGAACAUGGAACCGGAAGCCCCUGGAGGAGGAGACUGUAGAAAAGUUCAUCACUGCCUAUAAGGGAGCUGGUUAUCCACCUCACCUCAUCUUGCCACAUGGGUCAUACUUGUUGAACCUGGGAUCCCCAGAUGAGGCCACCCUGUCCAAGAGUCGAGACCUUCUCAUUGAUGAACUCAAGCGAUGUGAGCGCCUUGGCAUCACUCAGUACAAUGUGCACCCAGGGUCUUCAUGUGGCAAGAUCUCACGAGAGGAAUGCAUGGCUAAGAUUGCAGAAAGCAUCAACUUUGCUCACAGAGAAACAAAAUUUGUCUCUGUCCUCCUAGAGAACAUGAGCAAGCAGGGGCACACAAUCGGAGGAGACUUUGCUGAAUUGAAGACAAUCAUUGACCAGAUCGAAGACAAGACCCGUAUUGGGGUUUGCCUGGACACAUGCCAUGCCUUUGCUGCAGGCUAUGAUUUACGAACUGAAGAAGAUUGGAAAAAGAUGAUCCAAGUAUUUGAUGAAGCAGUUGGGCUCUCUUAUCUAAAAGCCAUGCACAUCAAUGACUCAAAAGGAGACUUGGGUUGUCACUUGGACCGGCACGAGAACAUAGGGAAGGGAAAGUUGAAGAAGCAGGGAUUCCUUCCCCUCAUGAAAAUGCCUCACUUUGCAGACAUUCCCCUUGUCUUGGAGACACCAUGUGAAGGAGAUGACGUGUAUGAGCGGGAAAUCAAACUACUCUACUCGCUUGAAAAAUAGUGAGAGGAAAAAACAGCU